AUGGUGAUAGCUGUUGCAGAUCAGAGGCCUCGCGGGUUCAGAAGUGCCUUCUCGGGGAUUUUCUCUAAGACCGACAAGAGGGCCACUGGUAAGAAACUGGCAGCCGAUGCCCUCAGUUUGAACUCGAAGGCUAUCAAGUUUGCCAAGGGUACCACUUGCGAUGUCGUGGUCUCUCUGGACAAGAAGACUGGCCAGACGGUUGCGAAGAAAGUUUACAAUACCGAUCGGGAUCCGUCAAAGGAUUAUAGGGACUACAUGGUCACAGUUUUGAGAAAUGAGUAUGAUAUCCUUGUGACUCUGCGUAAAUCCAAGUACGUGGUGAACGUGUAUGACCUGGAUAUAUCGAAACGCACCAUCAAGAUGGAAUUCCUGCCGUUCAGUCUCAGCAGGGUACUGUCAAUGGACUUGUCGCCGAGCCUCCAGGAGAAGAAAUGCUACUUUCUCCAAAUUUGCGAAGCUGUACAGUAUUUGCACUCUAGAGGCAUAGUCCACAGAGACCUGAAACUGGAAAAUAUAAUGCUGUGUGCAGAUGCCUGUCAGAUAAAGCUCAUCGAUUUCGGUGUCGCGGUGAACAGGCAAGACCCACAAUCACUGACUACAGCAUGUAAAGGCAUGUGCGGUACAGAAGCAUUAAUGGCACCUGAAGUGUUAGGCAGCAUAUCCUAUGUCGGCGAGUAUGCUGACUGUUGGUCCGUCGGGAUAAUAAUGUUCCAGAUCUUCAACAUUUCUAAUGACUCAGUUAGAUGGAAACCUCGUUACCCUUGGGAAUCAGCAAGGUUUUCAAAUAGCAUUUACAAGAUUUAUUCAGAAGAAGCAGACACUAGUGUUGUACUAACCAAUCUAGAAGACGACGAAGAUUUGAAAGAGCUUAUCUUGCUGUUUUUACACAUCGAUUCCUUGAAGCGACUGACUAUGAAGAAAGCACUAGAGAGUAAAUUUUUGGCAUCAAUUAAAGGUGUUAAACAUAGCCACGACAGAACUCUCAGAGUUUGCAAUAAAGUUUUUCAGCUAAAACAUUAA